AUGCUUAGCCAAUGGCUAUUGUCAGCAAGUCUGCUCGCGGGCGGAGCAACCGCCUUACUGAUUCAACCAACGAAUAUCACCCAAAAUACUGAUGUCGUCGACCUCAUCGUGGGUAACAUUGAUUUCGGCGCGGUGCAACCCCUGACCCAAAGUGCCACUGUCAAAUUGAAUGCGGGUAUUCAUGAUACCAUUUACCAUGUAACGACACAGAAUCGGGAUAGUCUUACCGGCUCAGAAAUUGCCUACAUAUCCUGCGAUUCCAAUGAUUAUACUGGUUUCCUUUCUUUGAAUGAUGUCUACUCAACAGCACUCGGCGUUAACGCCUCAGCUAUCAUCCUCUAUAGUUUGAGAUCUGAACAAUGCAAUCUCACCGAUCCGGAAACGGCAUACCAGAGAGUCUUCUCAAUGUCGAACCACACCAGAGCUCAGGAUGUAUUAAACGCUAUCAACAACGAGCCUGGCGUAUUGGCAACCAUCCAGUAUACUACAACCUCGAAUCACAACAACGCCAGUAACCAGCAGAACCCAACAGCCACUUACGGAUCUUCUCCUACCACAGCAGUUGCCAUGAUCAUUUUGUACAGUGUGACUGGUAUUAUCACGGCUUUAUUCCUCAUCAUUAUCAUUACGGGAGCAAUUCGAGCACAUCGUCAUCCAGAGCGUUAUGGACCGAGAAACGUCAUGGGAAGACCUCGACAAACCAGAGCUAGAGGUAUCGCUCGCGCUAUGUUGGAUACCAUUCCUGUUGUCAAGUUCGGCGAGCAACCUAAGUCAGAUCCAAAGGUCACAGACGUCGAGUUGGCGGAUAACGAUACACCUGUGAUUCGUCGCUCGGUUGAGAAUGAUGGUACUCAAGAGACAGAGUCUCACGACCAGGCCGAGCCAAGACGAUCAAUGGCAUCUGCUCGUUCAGGUAUCGGUGCUGCAACGGGACAUGCUGACUCUGAUGCUAUUGGAGCAGUGGCUCCCGCUGAUUCGGGCGAGGCUCUGGGAUGCUCGAUCUGUACUGACGAUUUUGAGACUGGACAGGACAUCCGUGUACUGCCUUGCGACCACAAGUUCCACCCAGCAUGUAUUGACCCUUGGUUGUUGAAUGUCUCGUCAACUUGCCCGCUGUGCCGUAUUGACCUUCGCCCUGAAGGAUCCACCGACACAGAUGCGGCGGCCACCGAGGCAGGCGAAAAUGGCGACUUGCCUCCUCCCAUGAAUGGCUACAAUGGACAACCCUACCGCGUCAGCAUGCGUCGCAGCUUGCUCAUCGGACUUGGACUUGACCGUGGACAUCUCGACCAGGGACAAAGAAUGGCCGCAGCACGUGAGCUACGUGAACUUCGCCACGAUAACCUUGAUGGUGUCGAGGGCACACAGCAGGAGCAGGGUGAGGAAGGUCGUCAGCGUCGUAGAUUACGAGAGCGCUUCGGAGUGCGUACAAGAAGAAGAGGACAAGCUGAUGCGCAGGCGCAGGCAGUUGCUGCCGUCGCUGAAGAGACGGCUUCGACUGCUCCAUCGGCAGGUCCAGAGGUUGACAAUGCAGCGGACCAGCGUCCUACCACGACUUAG